UAAGUAUUGCAGUGUUGCCAUAUUUUUAUAUAAUGUGAACAGUAGCAUAACAGUUUAUAAUGGUUAUAUUAGAUUAGAGUGUUUGUUAGAGUAUAUUGUUAAUUAAUUGGUAAGAACGAUGGCUUCCUUGGUUGCAGAUUAUGGAACUUCCUCAAGCUCAGAAAGUAAUAGCGAUGAUAUUUCGGAUGAUGCCGAUAACACUUUUAAGGAAGAGGAAGAAGAAGAAGAUGAUGAUGAGGAAGAAGAAAAUAAUGAAAACAAUGAAAUAUGUAAAACAGCUUCCAAAGAAAAACUUCCAUUACCAACUCCAGAUUUUAAUGGCAUACCUACAAUGAAAACUUCAGUCUUCUCAAAUCCAUUUGUUGAAGCAGAAAAAGCAAAAAGUGCAAUACUUGAAAAACAUGUGAAAAUGACUCCAACUCUUGAUGAUACAAAAAUGAUAAAUGGUAAAAAAAUUUGUUGGAAUUAUAGGAAAGGUAGAUGCCGGUUUGGACAUAAUUGUACUUUUGCACAUGAUUCUGAUUUACAUCGUACAGCAACUGAAUUAGAAACAAUUAGAACACCACAAGAAACAAUUAUUUGUCAAACUCCUUAUAAUGGUCAAGUUUCUAUUAAUGAUGAUGAUGAAAUAGAUCAAGAAAAUAAUCAAAUGAAUAGGCGUAAGAAGAGGCCAGGAUUAAGUCAAUCUUUAAUACCAAGCAAGAAAGUUUUAAAAAUGUACAAAGCACAACAAGCUAAAGCUAUUAGUAGGUAAAUGUAAUUAUAUCAAAUA